UAUUUCAUAAACAUAACGUGUUAUUUAAAUGACACCUAGUCACAAACUUGACAUAGAAUGUAAAUGCUACCACGGCUAUAAUUCAGUUUUUAGAAGCAAAAUUCUUGCAAAAACUGCAGUAAAUCAUUGUGUAGCAUUUUCGAUUGAAAUCUGCUUAAAUUAAAGUGUUAUCGAAGUAUCAACAUCAGCAAUUACAAAAAUUUUGCCGAAAUGUUUUUCAAACAAUCGGCCAACUUCUCUUGUGCGCACAAAAAAUUCUUCCACUAUCUGCAAGAGCCCGCCUGGUUUAGCAAAACCGUCAACUCCGCAAAGAGUAGAACUAGGAGGCUAAAAAUAUCAAAUUUUGUCUGAUCUCAUUUACGAAUCUCUGGUUAGAUGGAUAUGAUGAAUUAAGCAUUUGUGAGCAUUUGCAAAAUCUUAUUGAUUCUCUAAUGAAAUCUCCGUAUCAAAUAUUAACAUCUCGUCCGUAUAAUACAGAUUAUCUUAAAUAUGAUGCUCAAAUGGAAAUAAUCGGUUUUACGAAUGAUAACAUUGAAAAAUACGUAAACAACUUCUUUACUUCAAAUGAACCACAGAAAUCGAAACAAUUACUAACAUUUUUGGAAUCAAAACCAAGUAUAUACGGUAUUGGUCAUAUACCAAUUACAUUAGAACUAAUAUGUAGUGCAUACGGAGAAGAAAAUAAACAACACGCAAUAACUAGCGGGACAACAAUCACAAUAACAAGUGUUUAUAGUAAGAUAAUUGAAUGGUUGUGUAGAAGAUACUUGGAAAAGUUUUGUAACUGCGAUAAACGCCAUUUGAAUUUGAAAGAUAACAGUGAAGUUAUAGAAGAUUGCAGUGAGAUAUUAGACGUGAUAGGAAGUAUUGCUUUUCAAGCAAUGGAAAAGAGCAGUUUAAUUCUUGAUAAGACAUUAAUUGAGAAAGAAUUGAGAAAAGUUAGUCCAAAAAGACCGUCUGAAUUGAGAAAGAAAUUACUUAAUAUCGGUGUCGUAAAAUCGCUAACAGCAGAUGAUGACAGUACUAAUGUUGAAGCUGCUAAAGAUUAUUAUUUUAUUCACCUGAGUUUUCAAGAACUUUUUGCAGCACGGUAUUUGAUUAACGCUCUCCAAAAUCCUAAACGCAAAUGUUAAUGAUGUGCGAGUCUAUUCUGCUGCGUUCUUGUUUUCACGUUCUAUGUUGCAGCACUUGAGUGCUGAUGCG